CAGAGCGCAACGCCCCCGAAGAAAAAGGGCGCCUCUCUUGAAGAUUUAACAUGGGCAGACUUGUCAACAAGCAUCUUGCUGACACGUGAUCAAAAUGGGAUGUACGAUCUCAAAAAAAGCCUCUUCUAUCCACCUGCUAAAACGGGCGGAAACAAUUUCAUACGGCCCAACGAUCACCGUGGAAGACGACGACGAUUUCACUAUCUCUCCCCAAGAAGAGCUACAGAGGAUGAACAGGGCCCGAAGACGGUCUCGCAGACGGUCUUCCAUCGCUCCAGGGGUGGCCGCAAUCGCCGAAGAACAAGAAGAAGGAUCAGCAAGUGACCAUGCUUUUGGCGGGAAGGGCCUUGUGGCUGGCCCGUUCUCUUCACCACGAGGCUCCAUCUCACUAGACCCCGGCACAGGACCGCUAGUAGGAGCUGUCACUCCGGACUCGCUGAGACCGGACUUGCUGAGACCGGACUUGCUGAGACCGAAAGGGCCUACCGAACUCCCAAGGCUCUCAGAAGACUCACUGGACGAGGACGAGAGCUGGUGAAAUGUUCAGGCCGUGGUUGGACAAUGUUAUUGCCACUGACUGUGAUCAUUUCUCAUGGCAGAAUUUAUAGAGUAUUAUUAUGACGUCACGAUGAACAUGUGAUCAACAACUUCUGAGAACAUAUAUCAUAAAAUUCAUUUCAUAAAGUUGCUUAACUUCUGUGAAGUUUUUAUUUUCACAAUAUACAAAAACAGAAUUGUAAUCAAAUGAUGAACCCGCACGAAAAGGAUCUUAGAUGACUGGCAAAAGUGAAGAAAAUCAGACCCACAAAAAGUACAAAAUGGUGUCACUACAGUGCAAAAGGUAACACUGCGGAGCAAUAUUGCACAAAGAAGCAAGACAAUGUAGCUUCUGAAACUAUAUCUGUAGCAGUACAGCAGUGUUCAAUACAUCUCUAUACAUGUCCUAUAAUUGUAAUCUCAAGGUUUGCAAUAUAGAAUCUACUUCUUCAUUUGUGGAGUUUUCAUCAUGUACAGGAAAACGUUACAACAGUACCAAGCCAAAGUCAAUUUGUUUUUGCAUCAAACCUACAAUCUUCAGUUGCUAAUUCUAUACAACCACAACCACCAAAUCAUGAUAGAAUAUCAACAACACAAUAUAAGCCAGAAUGGUGCAUAUCUUUUGUUUUUCAUAUCUUUUUGUCCCACCACUUUCCACCAUAGAAACAAGAUCACAGUAUCUUAAAAAAAAUAC